AUGACUGAAAGAGAAUUCACUCUGAAACAUAUAUUCACUGAUGUUGAGAAACUCGAGCAAGAUCAAUCUCUCUAUAGUCCAAUAAAAGAAAAUUUUGGAGUUAAAUGGAAAAUAAAUAUUGAAAAAAGAAACGAACACCUCGGAAUGUAUUUAUACACAAAUGUGACGGAAAAUCAAGAAAUUCACACUAAUUCUAUCCUGAGAAUAUUCUCGAAAAACCGGGAAAAAAAUCAUUCAAAUUCUGGGAGUGAUUUAUUCAAAAAUAAUGGGGAUGACUGGGAUAAUUGGGGUUGGCUCUAUUUUAUUAAAUGGAGAACUUUGGAAGAUGAAUAUCUGGAUGAUGGAAAAUUGGAAGUGGAAGUUCAUGUGAAAAUAAACAAAAUGGUUGGCUUUCCGAGAGAAGAAUUAAGAAGCUUUGGGGAGGACAUGAAACAAUUCUCCGAUGUCACAUUGAAAGUAAAAGAGCGGAAAUUCUAUAUUUCGAAGUUGUUCCUCUCCUCUCAUUCUCCAUAUUUUGCUACUUUAUUUUUGGGAAGAUUUCAAGAAUCUGAGAAAUCAGAAAUCGAAUUAAAAGAUGUCAAUCCUCAAGACUUCCAAUACUAUCUUGAAGUUCUACAUCUAGAAAAUAGAAUUGAUGAUGAUACUGUCCAAGGAAUUUUAUCAGUGGCUGAUAUGUUCGACACUCCUAAAAUUGUCAAAAAAUGUGAAGAAUUUUUGGUCAAGGAAUCAAAACAGGGAUUGAAAGAAAAGUUGGAAAUGGCUGGAAGUUACAGGUUGGAAGAACUGAAAAAAAUGUGUCUUAAUCAGAUCAAGUCAAAAGCGGAUAUUAGUUCAGUUAUUUCAGAGGAUCCCAAGGGAAUGGACAAUGAAAUUCUUGCAGAGCUUCUCAAAAAAUCACUUGUUUUCAAUUGA